AUGCACCAGCGCUAUGGUGACAUCGUCCGUCUCGCACCCGACGAGCUCUCUUUCUCCCAUCCCGAUGCGUGGGAGCACAUUAUGGGCCACAAGAAAGCCGGUCAGGAGGAAAUGGGAAAAGCGCCAUGGUUCUACCGCACGUUCAAAGGCGAGAAAUUGAGUAUUGUCAAUGAGGACCGUGAGCAGCACGCACGUCUACGUCGACCAAUGGCCCAUGGAUUUUCCGAACAAACUGUGCGAGAUCAGGGACCGAUAAUCCGAGGUUAUGUGGAUCUCUUUUGUCAGAAACUGCGAGAAGUUUCCGCAAAAAGUCAAUUGGUUGUUCUUUCCGACUGGUUUUCCUAUGUCGCUUUUGACAUCGUCGCUGAUCUAUCAUUCGGCGAACCUUUCGGCUGCUUGAAAGAGGGGAAGGAAGACGAAUGGCUCACGACGAUGUCAAACCUGGGAACGACAGCUAUCUUGUUUCAGGUUCUGGGCUUUUUCCCAUGGCUGAAGAGCCUUCUCCUCAUGAUAUUCUCCAAGAAAAUGAAAAAAUUCCGUGACGCACAUCUCAGCAGCAGCAAGGAAAAGAUGCAGCGACGAAUGAAUCUACAAGGAACACGUCCUGACUUCGUACAUGGCCUCAUGCAAAAGAGGGAAGAAUUGAAUCUAAGCAUCGACGACCUCACUGCCAAUGCUCAGCUGUUUAUCGGCGCCGGUGCUGAAAGUACUGCGACAUUGCUUAUGGGCAUGGCCUACCUCCUUUUGAAACACGAGAGUGUUUACGAAAAAGUAAAGGAGGAGAUCCGGUCAACCUUUGACAAGGCGGAUGAAAUCACCCUCGCUAGUGUCGCUCAGCUAUCUUACUUGAAUGCCUGCAUCAAUGAAACCCUGCGAGUGUAUUCUCCCGCUGGCAACGGACUCCCGCGCAUGGUCCCCAAGGGAGGAGGAUAUAUACUUGGAGAAUUUGUACCUGAGAAUACCACUGUGGCAGUCCACCACUGGGCGCUAUAUCAUCGCGAGAAAUACUUCGCUGACCCACACGCUUUCCGCCCAGAGCGCUUCCUCGGUGAUCCCGAGUUUUCUAAGGACCAGCCAAAGGCUUUGCAGCCUUUCCACGUUGGCCCACGAAACUGUAUGGGUCAAACUCUGGUCUACGGCGAAACGCGAUUGGUCUUCGCUCUCCUAAUCUUCAAUUUCGACCUGAAGCUCGCGGACGAAUGCCGAAAUUGGAUGGAACAGCGACAUUGGCUCAUGUGGGAGAAAUCCCCCUUGAUGGUUCAUCUGACGCCCCGGCAAACGGUGUCGGGACAGGUUAUGAUGCGGGCAACGUACAAGCAUGACCACCCUCUCUGCAGAACAGGCUCUGCGCAUCCUCAAGCACCACCGCUACACCUCCAUUUCAAUCAAUCCGAGACUUUUGAAGUCCUCCAAGGUAAAGUCGCGACUGUUGAAGGAUGGUCAGUGACCAAGCGCGUCUGGACUGCGGAGGAUGGGCAGCACGAGAUCAAGCCAUGGGUUCCUCAUUCCUUCGAGCCCGUCCCGGACAGCGCUGAAGAUACCGUCAUGCUGGUCUGGGCGCAUCCAGAUGAUGUGGAUGAGAUGAUGGAUCGGGUGUUUUUUAAGAAUCUACUCAUGUAUGUCAGUGACGUGCAUGAGAAGAAGGUUGCGCUGAAUCCGUUUCAGAUCAUGUUGACGCAGCACGUUUCGGCUACGGCUCUUGUGUGGUUUCCCACUGCAACGUGGCUGGGUCCGCUGCGCUGGUGGGUGCCCUGGAAGGUGCAGGCGGCUUUUGCCUUGGCGGGCAGGUUACUGGGACUCACGCCGACGAUGAAGAAGUAUACUUCUGAAGAGGAACUUGCAGCAUUUCAGAAGGGAAGUAAAAGUCUCUAA